UAGUAAACACACACAGCUGAGUCCCACAGAUGCAUAUGGGAUUUUAGAGUUUCAAGGAGGUGGACACUCCAAUAAAGCCAUGUACAUCCGUGUAUCAUAUGAUACAAAGCCUGAUUCUUUGCUUCACCUCAUGGUAAAGGAGUGGCAAUUGGAACUCCCUAAGCUAUUAAUCUCUGUGCAUGGAGGACUCCAGAAUUUCGAAAUGCAACCUAAGCUGAAGCAAGUGUUUGGAAAGGGACUAAUUAAAGCUGCUAUGACUACCGGAGCCUGGAUUUUCACAGGGGGUGUCAGUACAGGUGUCAUUCGCCAUGUGGGGGAUGCUUUGAAAGAUCACUCUUCCAAGUCCAGAGGAAGAAUAUGUGCCAUAGGAAUUGCACCGUGGGGCAUCGUAGAAAACAAAGAAGAUCUCAUGGGAAAAGAUGUAAAUAAACCUUAUCAAACAAUGUCAAAUCCCCUAAGUAAACUCUCCGUCCUGAACAACACUCAUACACAUUUCAUCCUUGCGGAUAAUGGCACACUUGGAAAAUAUGGAGCAGAAGUCAAGUUACGGCGUCAGCUAGAGAAGCACAUAUCUCUUCAGAAAAUUAAUACUAGAUUAGGCCAAGGUGUGCCUGUUGUAGCACUCAUUGUAGAAGGUGGUCCAAAUGUCAUCUCCAUCGUUCUGGAAUGCCUACGAGAGGAACCCCCCAUCCCUGUAGUAGUUUGUGACGGAAGUGGACGCGCCUCUGACAUCCUAUCUUUUGCACACAAGUACUCAGAGGAAGCAGGGAUAAUCAGUGAAUCCCUUCGUGAUCAACUUCUCGUUACCAUUCAGAAAACAUUUAACUACAGUCGGAACCAAGCUCACCAGCUCUUUGUUGUCCUUAUGGAAUGUAUGAAGAAAAAGGAACUGGUAAGAAAUAUAUGAUAAAUGCAUGGUAAACCUAACAGAGA